AUGGUUUACGCUGAACCAGUCGUCACGCCUGUCAAUGUCGACUCCACCCACUCCCUACCUAGUCUGGAAAGCGUUGAACACUUAGAAGAAUCGGAUAGUAGCCAAGUUAGCACCAGUCCGUUGAAUCUUCCGCCAAAACGACUUCAGGAAAUUCAAGAGCGAGCCUAUAACAGGAAGAUCACCCCCUCGUACGAAAUUGAACCGACGACAAACACUACUGUCAACCCAGCACUCAUCAGCCAACCCUCGCCGCGUAACCUCAUCAAAGUAAAUAGAAUGGAUAAGGAUUACGACCCCAAGGACUGUCUUCACCCCCCACAUGGCUCACUUGUAUGUCUACGACACAACCUCACGCACGCGCAACACUACGCCUUGCAAGAAAGCGGACUUACACUCAAUGAGGUCGACAACAUGAACAAGUACGAACUGGACGAAUAUCUACAUACGCUGAACAUGGAAACGCCGUCGCAACCUCAAGAACAACCUCCUCUGUUACCUCAACUUACUGAGGAAGAACUGAGUGAGUACGCUGCAGCACUUGAUGCCGCAUUGGACUCACCUUCGUCAGACUCAGAAACACUAGGCUCGCAGUCGAGCGUGAUGUCGCCUGACAUCGCUCCUGCACAAUCUGGCAACGAACGCACUCAAACAACGGAUACGACCGUACAAACCGACGAACCUGUCAAAGUAAUGACUCUGUUUCUCAACCACAACGUCCCUCGCAUUGUAGUCAAUGAAUUUCGCGAUCCAAAAGCCUUACCUCGACUACACAACCUCUACAAUCACGACAAUGAUUCGACAUCAUCUAGCUCAUUUGAACUUAUCCUUCACCCUCCAACCGAAGCUGCACUACGAGGAACACAGAUCGCUGACGGAACCUACCGUACUUCAACUCCAUACCCAACCCCAGAACGCGAACUUGAACCGACGAAAUCUAACACAGACUGGACGAACCUCAAGUACCCUGCAUUCCUUACCAAGACGGCCGACGACUCAGAGAACGAUAAGUCGAGCCAGGAUUACAUGUCCAUGGAUGAGUCUGACUAUAGUUCGGAAGCUGUAGACUCCCCGCCAUUGUCAACGGACCCCUCAGACGAAUCUCAGGAGGACGCUACCGUGAAAGAUGACGAAUCUAUCAUCCUUCUUCACCCACCUAUCCAAGUUCAAGCUCGACUCCAUGAAAUGUUUGAUACGCCCAUCAUCGAUUACCACCAUUCCCCAAACCUUCCUCCCAAUUGUAACAUCAUUCCUACCAGUAUAUUCGCCACUACGCAGCAAAUAUAUCCAGGCGAGUUAAUGUAUGAAUUGGCUACGGAUGCGCCUGACCCUUGGGAUUAUAAUGGCGCCGAGACUACCGUGAUUCGUCGCAUGAGCAACCCGCCCUCGUACACAAAAGAACAGGCGAAAUAUACGGCUGAACCACCAGAAAACCACCCGUAUUGGCUCGACAACCACGCCGACUUCAAACGAAUACGCACUACGGUUAAAUAUCAAGGAACUUACGAUAACCAUCCACUACGCAACUGGCAUAACCGAUUCGAAGCACCUACCGACUACCACGAUUACUGGAAGGACGACAGCGAUACUGAUAUCGCGCAGUACGUCGUGGAUAUCUGCGAAGCAUCCAGGCAAGGAAUCCUACUCCCAGAAGCCUGGCACGGUAUUGACGGACCACCAGAGUAUAUUGUGAAAGCCCAGGACGGUAUAUCUGGCGCUUUACCACAUUUAUACAUGAAGCUCAUAUGA